GACAAAUCCAAAAAAGAAAAAAAAAAGUAUAUCUUUAUCAGUCCCAUCCAUCAAUCAUCAAACUAUUUCUCCUACCCAUCAUGCGUUAGCCAUCACCACUCCAUUUUUUUCUACUCAAGUUCUUUUCUCCUUAUCUCUGCUUCUCUUCCUCAUCCUUUUCUUUCCAGAUAUGGAUUGUCCAGGUCCAAGUUUGUUUCCAUUGCAUCGCUGCAAAACUCUUCACCUGGUGAGGCAUGGUCAAGGAAUGCACAAUGUAGAGGGAGAUAAGAACUGCAAAUCUUACUUUUCUCCCGAAUAUUUUGAUGCACAACUUACUCAACUGGGUUGGCAGCAGGUUGACGAUUUGAGAAAGCAUGUUCGCACAUGUGGGCUUCUCAAGAGGAUUGAGUUGGUCAUUGCAUCCCCUUUGCUAAGGACAUUGCAAACAGCUGUUGGAGUUUUUGGUGGGGAUGGAUAUGCAGAUAGAACAGAUUCACUGCCACUAAUGGUAGCAAAUGCCGGAAACAGCAGUCGACCAGCAAUUUCAAGUCUUAAUUCCCCACCUUUCAUUGCUGUGGAACUUUGCCGAGAACAUUUUGGUGUGCUUCCUUGUGACAAGAGGCGGAACAUCAGUGAAUAUCAGCUUCUCUUCCCCGCAAUUGAUUUUUCAUUGAUAGAAACUGAUGAGGACAUACUGUGGAAGGCCAAUGUGAGAGAGACAACAGAAGAACUGACUGCCAGAGGAUUGAAGUUCAUGAACUGGUUGUGGACAAGGAAAGAGAAAGAGAUAGCAAUAGUUACCCACAGUGGGUUCUUGUUUCAUACUUUGAGUGCAUUUGGAGAUGACUGUCACCCAUUGGUGAAAAAAGAAAUAUGCGGGCGCUUUGUGAAUUGUGAGCUUCGGUCAAUGAUCAUUGUUGACAGAAGUAUGAUUGGAUCAGAUCCUGCAACAACAAACUAUCCUGGAAAGAUUCCUCGAGGGCUGGAUCGUCCUAGCGAUGCGCCAGAGGAGGAUGGACCCAAAACAAACCGAAUCAUCUAAGCAGUAAGAGGAUUGAAAAAUUGAGUUGAAUAUUCAUUACUGAGUAUUGGAAUUCUGGGAAAACAAUGGCUUCUGUGCUAUGCAACAUUUACUUCUGUUGCCCAGAACCGGAAUGCUCUGAAUUGUGCUUAUUAAAACAGAUGUAGGCAAUGAAAACUGUGAUGAAUUCUUGCUUGAAAUGGUACCAUGAUAUUUAAACUUGUGUCA